CUCUCGUCUCCAUGGAAACACUCCGAGUGUCUAUUUGGAGGCCCGGGGCUUCCUUUUCGGUCUAGCGGGGCUGCGGCCAUUGUUUGUGUAGACGGACUGUUUUGGCCGGUCCUGUGCCCCCUCUGAGGUUCCACUAGUGACGCGGAUUGUCGGGAGCACCGAGCCAGAAGCGGGGAGAGCUGUGGCUGAAGAAAAAGUGGCAGAAAAGGGAGGGUGUGGGGCCAAGAAGCUCCCGGCUUAGAAAUCCCGAAGACACCAGUGUAGGGACCUGUGAUCACCAAGGCAGGACCCGGGUAGCAAAGGCUCAUGCCCCCAUUUUGCAGCUCAGACUCCUCAAAACUCCACCCUUCCCUAAAAGAGGAGCAUAAAGGAGGAAGCAAUGUUCACUAUUUUCUUCAUAGUCUGAUCCCAGAUCUCUUCUUCCUGGAAAAUCUGAUCUUUGACCAGAUGGCAGUAACAUUUGAAGAUGUGACUGUUAUUUUCACUUGGGAGGAGUGGAAAUUCCUGGAUUCUUCUCAAAAAAAGCUCUACAGAGAGGUUAUGUGGGAGAACUACACAAAUGUCAUGUCAGUAGGAAACUGGAAAGAGAGUUACAAACCCCAAGAAGGAAGAUUCAGAUAUUUAGAACAUGAAAAUCAUCCCUGCUGGCAAGGCUGGAGGAGUGCCAGCACUCAGAUAUGUAAGAAUAGAAGCUAUGUGGAAACCAUCCAAGGAAUAGAUUCCAAAGACCUCAAGCAACAAGACCUUUCCCACCAUCAAGAAUGGUUGAUACUCUCCACGCAAGUACCAGGGUAUGGGAACUAUGAGCUGACUUUUGAAGGCAGAAGUCCCAGGAACUUAAAAUAUACAAAGUUUAUACCCUGGCAGUCCUUAGAAACAAAACACACCCCUCAAGACUAUGCUAGAGAAAUCUACAUGAAUGAGUCACAUGGUUUUCAAGGAAGCAGAUGCCAUCUUGGCAUAUCUAAGAAAAAUCUCUCUAUGGAAAAAGAACAGAAGCUCAUAGUUCAGCAUUCUUGUGUCUCAACAGGGGAAGCCCGUCCAGAGUACAUUGGGGAGAUAUAUCAACAUGACUUACUGAAAGACUCUAUGGAAGAGAAAUACUGUGGAUGUAAUAAAUGCAAAGAAAUUUAUUACUGGAACUCGCAGUGUGUUCUCCACAAGAGAAAUCAACUUGGAGAAAAGUUCUAUCAGUGCUCCAUCAGCACAGCAUGCUUUUCUCAGAGAUCAGACCUAUAUAGACAUCCAAGAAUUCACAUAGGUAAGAAGCUGUAUGGAUGUGAUGAAGUUGAUGGUAACUUCAGUCAGAGCUUAGGUGUUCACUUUCAUCAGAGAGUCUGCACAGGGGAGGUUUCUUAUAUAUGCCACAUGUGUGGUAAGAGCUUCAGUCAGAUCUCUAGCCUUCACAAUCAUCAAAGAGUCCAUACAGAAGAGAAACUCUAUAAAUUUGAGUGUGGUAAGGACCUCAGUAGAAAUUCAUUACUUCACAUUCACCAGAGACUUCACAUAGGAGAGAAGCCUUUUAAGUGUGAUCAGUGUGGUAAGAGUUUUAGUCGGAGUUCAGUGCUUCACGUUCAUCAGAGAGUCCACACAGGAGAGAAACCGUAUAAGUGUGAUGAGUGUGGUAAGGGCUUCAGUCAGAGCUCAAAUCUUCGAAUUCAUCAGUUAGUCCACACAGGAGAGAAGUCCUAUAAAUGUGAUGACUGUGGUAAGGGCUUUACCCAGCGCUCAAAUCUCCAGAUUCAUCAGAGAGUACAUACAGGAGAGAAGCCUUACAAAUGUGAUGACUGUGGGAAAGACUUUAGUCACAGCUCUGAUCUUCGCAUCCAUCAGAGGGUCCAUACAGGGGAGAAACCCUAUACUUGUCAUGAAUGUGGGAAGGGCUUCAGCAAGAGUUCAAAGCUUCACACUCAUCAAAGAGUACACACUGGAGAGAAACCCUAUAAAUGCGAACAGUGUGGUAAGGGAUUCAGUCAGCGUUCACAUCUUCUCAUUCAUCAGAGAGUCCACACAGGAGAAAAGCCCUAUAAAUGUGAUGAUUGUGGAAAGGGCUUUAGUCACAGCUCUAAUCUUCACAUCCAUCAGAGGGUCCACACAGGAGAGAAGCCUUAUCAAUGUGCUAAGUGCGGCAAGGGUUUUGGUCAUAGCUCAGCUCUUCGAAUUCAUCAAAGAGUCCACACAGGAGAGAAACCUUAUAAAUGCCAUGAGUAUUAUAAGGGAUUUGAUCCGAAUUCACAUCUUCACAAUAAUCACGGACAGGAAAGCUUAUAAUUAUGUUCAUUUAGUUAACCGCUUUAAUCAAAGCUUAACUUUAAGCCCAAUAAAUGCUGCUGGGAAGAAAAUUCUAUAAAUAACCCAAGUAAUCCCAAGCAACGUUUAUAGUUUUCCCUAACUCCCACUAAGAAGCAUUUGCUUCAAGAAGAAAUCCUUAGGAGGAUGCCUAUGUAUUUAAAAUUAAAGUGUAUUUACUUUUUCUAUUAAUAUUAUACAUAGCCAUUAUAAAAUAUAUGAAAGAUUCAAGAAAA